CACACUGAUCAUCCACAUCGUUACUGUACUAUCUGCCAAAACUGAUGGCCACUGAAAUCGUGUUUUCUGUGCUCUUUGAGAAGCUGACAUCUGCAACUUUGGAAAGACUUGCUCGUCAGAAUGGAAUUGAUUCUGAGAUCAAGAAAUGGAAGGUGUCGUUGCUUCAGAUACGAGAAGUGCUUAAUGAUGCUUCUCAAAAGGAGAUAAGUGAUCAAUCUGUGAAGCGAUGGCUUGUUGGUCUCCAACAUCUAGCUUAUGACAUAGACGACGUACUCGACGCUGUGGAAACUGAAGCCAUCCAUCGUGAGUUGACAGAUCAGCCUGAAACUUUUACAACAAAGGUAAGAAAACUUGUCUCAGCUAGUUUCAGUAGGUUUCCUCUAAUUAGGACUAACGUAAUGAAAGAGAAGUUAGAUGAUAUCUCCACCAAAUUGCAAGAUCUAGUAGAGGAAAAAAAUGCGCUUGGUUUGAUUGUGAAGCAUGAAACAAGGUCAAACAAUAUAAACAGGAGGUUACAAACCUCUAUGGUUCAUGAACCUUGUAUUGUUGGACGACAAGUUGAGAAAGAGGCUUUACUCCAAAGGCUAUUGGCAAUGAGGGAUGAACCAAGUAACCAAAACUUUACCAUUGUGCCUAUAGUCGGUAUGGGUGGGGUUGGUAAAACAACACUAGCUAGAGUUUUGUAUAAUGAAAAGCAGGUCGAAAAACACUUUGAGCUUAAGGCGUGGGCUUGUGUUUCCGAUAACUUUGAUAGCUUCACUAUAAGCAAAGUUAUCUAUCAAUCUGUAACGGGUGAAAACAAGGAAUUUGCAGAUUUGAAUUUGCUUCAAGUAGCUCUUAGAGAUCGCCUCAGGGAUAAGAUGUUUCUGUUAGUUUUAGAUGAUGUAUGGAGUGAAAGUUGUGAAGAUUGGGAAACCCUGGUGGGUCCGAUUCACGCAUGUGCUCGCGGAAGUAAAAUCAUCAUGACAACACGAAAGGAGCAAUUGCUUAGAAAGUUGGGUUACGAAGAUUUAAACCAACUGCCGAGUCUCUCCCCCGAUGAUGCCUUGUCAUUAUUUGCACAACAUGCAUUAGGUGUAAAUGACUUUGAUUCACAUCCAAUGCUUAGACCACAUGGUGAAGGCAUUGUAAAAAAAUGUAAUGGCCUGCCUUUGGCUUUAAAAGCACUUGGUAGGUUAUUGAGGACUAAACAUGAUGAAGAAGAUUACUGGAAGGAAGUUCUAAAUAGCGAAAUAUGGAGGUUAGAAGAUGGAGGUGGAAUUGUUCCGGCUCUUAGAUUAAGCUACCAUGAUCUUUCGGCAUGUUUAAAGCGGUUGUUUGCAUAUUGUUCCUCAUUCCCAAAAGACCAUAUGUUUGACCGGGAGAAUUUGGUUUUGCUGUGGAUGGCAGAAGGGCUUUUGCACCAAUCACCUUCUACCAUUUCGAUAGAAGAACACUUGGGUCACAAAUAUUUUGAUGAAUUGUUGUCAAGGUCGUUUUUCCAACAUGCACCCAAUGCAUCAUUGUUUGUAAUGCAUGAUCUGAUGAAUGAUUUGGCCACAUUUGUUGCUGGAGAGUUCUUUUUAAGGUUAGAAAAUGUUAAAGAGAAGGAUAUUGGGACAGAACAGUUGGCAAAGUGCCGUCAUCUAUCAUUUGUUCGUGAACGAUUUGUAACUUACAAGAAGCUCGAGGCAUUCAGUGGAGCCAAAAGUCUGAGAACAUUCAUGGCAACAUCCGUUGGGUUAGAUAGUUGGCGACGUUGCCACUUAUCGAGUAAGAUUCUCGUUGACUUACUUCCUCGGUUACCAUUGUUAAGGGCCAUAUGCUUGAUGAAUUUUGAGAUAAGUGAAGUGCCCGAGUCGAUAGGUAAUCUAAGGCAUCUGCGGUAUCUUAAUCUAACCCGAUCUAAAAUCACACAUCUACCAGAAAGCAUUUGUGAUCUCUACAAUUUACAAGUAUUGAUUGUUUUUCAGUGUUCACAACUGACUAAGUUGCCCAACAGCUUCUCAAAACUAAAACAUCUGCGACAUUUUGACGUUCGGAAUACUCCAUGUUUGAAAAAGUUACCGUUAGGGAUUGGUGACUUGAAAAACUUACAAACUCUUUCCAAGAUCAUUAUUGAAGGUGAAAAUGGAUUUCAGAUAACCGAGCUUAAAGAUUUGAAGAAUCUAUGUGGGAAGAUUUUUAUUAAGGGGUUGGAUAAAGUGCAAAGUUCGAUUCAUGCACGGGAGGCGAACUUUUCGGUAAAGAAAAUUAGUGAGUUAAAAGUGGAAUGGAGUGAUGUGUUUGAUGUUUCCCGAAAGGAAAUUGUUGAGAAGGAGGUCUUAAAUGAGCUAAAGCCUCGUAAUGAAAGCUUAAAAAAACUCAAAGUGGUGUCUUAUGGGGGAAUAGAGCUUCCCAAUUGGGUUGGGGAUCGGUCCUUUCUUCAGUUGAAACAUGUUUCGCUACAUGACUGUAAAAGAUGUUUAUAUCUACCAUCACUUGGGCAGUUACCGUCACUUAAAAAGUUGUCUCUCAAAGGCUUUCAUGACGUGAAAGAAGUGGGUCUGGAGUUACUUGGGACUGCUCGUACAUUUCCUUCACUUGAAAUUCUAGAAUUUUUUGAUAUGCCGGGGUGGGAGGUGUGGUCAGCCAAUCUUGGGGUUGUGUUUCCAUGCCUUCAAGAGCUUCUUAUCAUAUCUUGUCCUAAGUUGGCUGAAGUCUCACUUCAAGCGCUACCUUCAUUGAGGGUAUUAAAAGUAAGUGAAUGCGGUGAUGGCGUGCUGAAAAGUUUGGUUCAAAUAGCUUCAUCAGUUACUGAGUUGGAAAUAUGGAGUAUUUCAGGGCUUACAGAUGAUGUGUGGAGAGGUGUUACAGAAUAUAUUGGUGCAGUUGAAGACUUAGAGAUUAAUUGGUGCGAGGAGAUAAAAUACUUGUGGGAUUCAGAAGCAGAGGCAAGUAAGGUUCUUGUGAAAUUAAGAAAUUUAAGAGUAAAAAAUUGUAAUAAUUUGGUGAGUUUAGGAAAGAUAGAAGAGGAGGGUGAUUGUGAGAGUAACCUCCGCUUAACAUCUCUUAGGAAGUUGGUGAUAUGGAGUUGUAAGAAUAUGGAGCGUUGUAGCGUUCCAAAUGGCAUUGAUUCAUUUUGGAUUCAGGGAUGCGAGAAAUUAAUGAAAAAGGAGUUGGGGGGAUAUGAAGGAGAUGGAGUAAAGAGUAUGAUGCUUUUAAACAACAAUUUUAUGCCAAAUCUUGAAGAUGCACGGUUUCGUAAUUUGCGAUAUCUGAAAUCCAUCGUUGAAUUGAAUUGCUUCCUUCACCUCACCACAUUGAUAAUCUAUGAUUGUUCAAGUCUAGAGUCCUUUCCUGACCACCAGUUGUUGGAUAUGGCUUCCUUAAAAGAUAUGGUGAUUAUAAAUUGUCCAAGAUUGGAUGCAUUAUUUCCUCGUGGGCUUUGGCCUCCAAAAUUGUCUACCCUUCAAAUUGGGGGGCUGAAGAAGCCUAUCUCAAAAUGGAGCCAACAAAAUUUCCCUCCAUCAUUGGUAGGCUUAAGCUUAGAAGGGGGGUCGUCGUCAAAUGAUAAUAAUGAUGUGAUUGAUUUUAGUCGAUUGUCCCAUCUUCUUCCUUCAUCUCUUAAUUGGCUGUCGAUAAAUGAUUUUGAGAAAUUGAAAUCAGUUUCAAGGGGACUUGAACACCUUAUCUCCCUCCAAAAUCUCUACUUUUAUAAAUGCCCAAAGCUGAAACAUUUGCCAGAAAUGUUGUUUCCUUCGCUUUUAGAUCUGUCCAUCACUAAUUGCCCAGAAGUGGAAGAAAGAUGCGGCAGAAAUGGCUCCUACUGGCCCCUCAUUUCCCAUAUCCCUUGCAUCCGAAUGAAGAUUGAGUAGGGGGGAUUUCACAAUUUCAAGUGGUGCUCUGCAAAAGUUGAUAUCACAUAGCAAAACCUCAGGGAGCAGUGACAAUCAACGGGGAAAGAUUGAGGUGAUAUGGAAAGGAGAAAUCAGAAUUAUCACUCCAAGCUAGGAGACCAAACUCCUAGGAAAUUAAAAGCUCGUAGUGUUAGAGACAGAGUGACGAUUUUUGUUACAUCCUUAAAUUUAUUACAUAGCAAAACCUCAGUGUUCAGUGAAGAUCAACGGGGUAAAGAUAGGGGUGUUGCAAAAAGACUGGUUCGUAAUCCAGAAGGAUUCCAUCCUACUGAGCAAUCAGAAUUAUCACUUCAAGGAGAACGGAAAUUAAAUCUCCCCCAGGAAAUUAAAAGAUCAGUCUUAGAGGUUGUUACUUCCUUAAAUUUGUUAAACUCUCCAUUUAUUAAAAGAUCAUAGUCUUUCAUCUCAACCAUAUGAUCUGGUGUCUUUUCAGUGUUCUACUUACGGAUGGUAAUUCACUAAUUUGACUAAUUUCAGUGAUUGCAUUUUCUUGAACUUGUUUAUCUUUUCCAAUUCUAUCUAUUUUAUGCGACUUUGAUUCUCA